GCCUGGGCGGAGAGGCUUGGGACCUUUGUAGCUCCACCUCCUCACCUGGGCUGACCCCCUCCAGCACGCAGGAAUUGGGGAAAGCAUACACCCCGCCCCAUCGGGGAAUGUCCUGUCCCAGGUCAGUGCACCAGUUUCUUCCUGACCAAUGACCAGAGUCCCUCCCAGAUGAAUGAAUUUUCCUGCAAGGAUGUUGCCAAUGCGUUAUCCCUGGCCAAUAUGAUCCUGGGACUCUUCUCCAUCAUCUGCAGCUUCUGCAAGAGAUCCCAUUGCGCCUGCUGGAUGCUUCUUGUCAGCUUUCUGAUAGACAUGGCAGUUGGGGCUAUAACCAGACACCUCAACAUCUGCUCCAAAUCAGCAGGAGUUGAGCUGAAUGACUUUGCCGUCUUCACCACCUUUGGCCUGGCCUCAGCCAUGCUCCUAGGUGUGAACGGAACUCUGAAUGGAUUCCUGGCCAUCAUCUAUAUCUUAACUACUUCUUUCCGCCUGUGUUCUUAUUCAACUUGUGAGUGCAACUCAGACAUCCCCUUCGUGUACAAGGGCCUACCCUGCCCCUAUGCAUCCUGUGUUUUGGCCUCCACCUCCCUUCUUACGAAAGGCAAUCCUUUCAUUCUCUCUUGCAUGGCCUCACUCAUGGUUCUAUUCAUGAUGGACCAGAGUUACUACCCACAUGAUGAAAUCCUGGACUCUGAGAAUUGGAAAAAAAUAGUUUAUUUAGGAGGUGUCAUCAUGCUGUUUUUGUUUCCAUUCUCCAUAACUGCUUUUUACUGCCUGAUGUGGUCGCUCUCCUACAUCUUCUUUCCAGAUGCUCUAUGGGGCAAGGCAAUGUGUCUUAAGCUACAGCAGGGAGGAAACUGAAUAGUUCUAUCAGUACCCACUUGCCUCCGUGGGGUUUAUGCCAGCAUGUUGGGCCACACCUUGCUUUAUCUUCACUAAAGCUCCCUUUUUCACUGUGUUAUGCACGUGUUAUGUACGU